AUGGUCCACAUUGUCGACCAGGCAGAAUGUGAAGGAUCAGAAGAAUUAUUUAUUGGAAUACUUGAGUUAAACAAAGCUACAGGUAAUAAUGAGUGGGUCAUUGAAGCUAUCACAGAUGGCAUUAAUAUGGCCUACAAAGUAGAAACCGAUGCACAAGCUAAUUUGAUGCCUGAGAGCAAGUCUCACCAACUGAAGAACAAACCAGAACUUCUGAAAAGCUCAGUCAAACUAAUAACAUAUAAUGAGGACAUUAUCCCAGUGCUUGGCAAGUGCAGUGUGUUCCUGGAAUAUGGAAAUCAAACGCAUAAAAUGAUAAUUCCAGGAAACAAACCAGCUUUACUGGGUCUUCAAAUAUGUGAAACUUUAGGCCUGAUUCAAAGGGUAAAUGACAUUGAUGGAACGAAUAAAGAAGAGGACAUAGAAACUUUAAUAACAGACUAUGCAGACGUUUUUGACGGAAUCUAA